AUGGCGAUCUCGUCGCGCUCUGCAAGGUCACCGGAGGGAGACUCCCCCCUUCUCCAGUCCCUUCUCGGUCUGUCGAGGGAGAUUUCUCUCUGCGAGCCUCCCCUGCGACAGAGGCGGAGAGCUCGCUCCGCCGCCCGCAAGGCGAGGAUCCUGUCCCUUCUCUUCGAGGAGCUGCUGUGCGCUGUCCACCCCGCAGGCGACCUUCCCCGGUCCGCCGUUCUCUGGCUCCGGGAGAUCUUCGUCGUUCUCCGACGGUUUAAGAGGCUCCUGGAUUCUUGCUCCGAUCGGAUGAGCAGGGUAAGCCUGGUUCUCGGCCUGGAGAGCGUCGCCGGGGACUUCCACGAGCUCACUCGAAGCCUCUCCAGGCUGCUGUGCGUCUUCCCCGUUUCCGAUCUCGGCCUCGGCGAGGACUCUGUAGAGUUGGUGGAGCUGCUGCAGAAACAGUGCCGGAGGUCUUCGGCGGCCGUGGAUCCCGAAGACGAGGAACUUCGCUCCGAGAUUCUGGAAAUGGUAGGCGAUCUCGAGCAGAAGAUCAUCCCCGACCAUUCGAAGCUCGAGAACAUGUUCGAGAGGUUAGGGGUGAACGAUUUCAUGAAACUGUGCAAGGAGAUCGAGCGACUGGAGGUCGAGAUACCCGACCGCGUCGAUCCAAAUCGGACGGCCAGAAUGACCGCUCUGCUCGGCCUCCUGCGCUACGGCAAGUGCGUCCUGUUCGGCGCGUCCCCCGCUCCCGGAUCUCACCUCCAUGCGGACCACGGCGGCUUCGAGACGUCCGACGCCGCCGUCCCGGCAGACUUCCGGUGCCCCAUCUCGCUGGACCUGAUGAGGGACCCGGUCGUCGUCUCCAGCGGGCAGACAUACGAUCGAGAAUCCAUCAGCGGCUGGAUCGCCUCCGGUCACGCCACCUGCCCAAAGUCAGGCCAGGUUCUGUCGAAUUCUCGUCUGAUUCCCAACAGAGCUCUGAGGAACAUCAUACACCAGUGGUGCGGCCAGCAUGGCGUCCCCUUCGAUGCUCCAGAGUACCCUGAGGUCUCAGUCGAUCCCGACAGACUACGCACGAGUAAGGCCGUUGUGGAGGCGGUGAAGAUGACGACCCUAUUCUUCCUCCGGAAGCUCGAGGCUUCCCCGUCCGCGGAGUCGGCGAAUAAGAUCGUCCACGAACUUCGUCAAAUGGCUAAAAGCUCUUCCGACAACAGAGCCUUCAUCGCCGAAGCUGGAGCGGUGCCCCUUCUGGCUUCCCUGCUAGAAUCCAACGACGCCCACCUCCAAGUCAACGCCAUCACCGCGCUGCUCAACCUUUCCAUCCUGCCGGUCAAUAAGAGGCGCAUAAUGCUGGCCGCCGGUGGCCUCGAUGGCCUCGUCUACGUGUUGAGGUCCGGCAGAACGUGGCAAGCGAAGGAGAACGCGGCGGCGACGCUGCUGAGCCUCUCGACCCACCACGCCUCGUACAGGAGGAAGGUAGCCAUGACGGCGGGGGUCGCCGAGGGGCUCGCGGAGCUCGUGAGAUCGGGCCCUGCAAGCUCCCAGAGAGAUGGGCUAGUGGCCAUGCUGAAUUUGGCCGGAGACAAGGACAACAUAGGUCGCCUGGUCGAGGGCGGCGUGGUGGAGGCGGCGCUGGAGGCCACCGCCGUCCCCGAGGUGGCGGAGAUAGCGCUGACCGUCGUCGCCGCCGUCGCGAAGAGGGGAGGCGCCGCGGCGGUGGCGGAAACCAAGGGCUCGAUCGCCCGGCUCGCCGGAGCCAUGAGGUGGGGGACUGAUCGAGCGAAGGAGACGGCGGCGGCAGCGCUGGUCUCGGUCUGCCCCCAAGGCGGCGAAGCAGCGGUGGCGGAGCUGACGGCGAUAUCCGGCAUAGAGUGCGCGAUCUGGAACCUGAUGCGGUCCGGCUCGGAGCGCGGCAGCCGCACGGCGGCUUCCCUCGGCCGCAUGUGCCGCCGGUGGGCCGUCGUCGCCCCAGAGGAGUGA